AUGGAGUCUAUUUGGAACAAGUUUAGCUACGACAGAGCAGCCGUCAUCGAAGAUGCGUUCUCGAUCGCAACGAACCACGGCCAACAAGAGUGGUCGAACGCUACCGUGAGCCAAGCAGUUGAUGACAUCGUGUUCUCUCUCGGAGGAGACGAGGGCUUGACAUUCGUGGAGUUUGAGAUCCUGGUUGCGUAUGCUGCUCGCGUCGACCCAAGAACCCAGCUUGCAUUCCUCGACAAUCUUGUCGACAUUAUUCGAGCUUCUCGUGGCAUUGAGUCUUUCUCCGAGUACGAUCAACGAUUUCUGGAUUUUGUUGUGGGCAUCCACAAUGGCCUUACCGUUGCUCGUGGAGCAAACCUCGGCCUGUAUGUCCCACCAGGUUUGCCAGAUGCUAACAUCACCCAGCAUGUUCGUUGUCAAGGGCCGGUCCCCAUCGAAUUAAUGCAGGCUCCAAGCGGCGAAACUACUCGUACUUGGAAGUCUGAGUUUGAGGAGGUCAGCGGAGCAGGUAAGUACACCCGUUCGGUUGUUGAGACUGUUACUGGAGAUGCAUUUAUGUCUGGCGGUGCUUACAGCACUAUGUCGACGACCUCGAGUUCGUUCACUCCAUCAAGUGCGUUCAUGCUUGAUACCCGUGAGGGAUCGACGGAUAUCAACCCGUCUGUUGAAGACUUUGCAGAGAUGACUCCUGAGCGUAGACUUGGUGACGGACGCUUCUGCAGCACCUUGGAAGGCAUGUUGGACCUGAAACUUGAGCCUGAAGCCCUUGUCAAUCUGCAAGCCAGUGACUGA